AUGGCGACCAGGUCACCGCUGUUUGGGCUUCUGGGCCUCCUCCUUCUCGUCGCAUGCCUGGUGUCUUCUGCCAGCGCAUCGCCGACCGACAGCCGGGGCCCAGCCCGUCUGCAUUCCAGGCAGAGCGGCAUUCAGGACGAAAAGAAAACCUCCGAGCGAUGCAACUACACGGGGCAGUGCGCGCCCUGCGCCCAACAAAACCUCAGGAACGCCAUCAAUAUGCAGUGCUGCUGGCCACGGGGCCGAGGGUACGGUUCGCCAUUUGACUCGCCCGGCUUUUGCCUCUGCGCGCCGGUAGACCGCUACGACUACUCGCAGUGCCUUGGCGGGUUCGUCACCAGCUGA